AAGACCAAAGAGCAGAUUAUUGUCUUAGACAAUAAACAAUAUCUGUGCAUUUAUUGUGAUUUUUGGUUUGCUCUUUGAUGUGAUAUUUAUUAUGUUCCAUAAAAUUACCCGCUCAGAAAGAAAUUAAAAUUAAUAAUCGGUUCACAUCAGUACAGUUAUUAUAUGUAGAUAUUAGGUUUGUUGUCUAACAAUCAUAUGUGAAUCUGUGAAAAAUAGAUAGACAAGAAGACAGUUGAGGAAAUAGAGAAGUGUUUUGUGAUGGUGUGGGGAGCUAAGGGCAAGAUUUGAGUGGAGUCAGCCGGACAGAGUGUGUGGUGAGAUGUCGAACGUGGAGAACUUGUGUCCGCAAGUGCUGCGGGGGGUGUCGCGCGAGCUACGGCGGCUGGCGGCGCAGCCUCCCGCCGGCGUCAAGCUGGUACUGCGCGACGACGACCUCACCGACGUGGUCGCGCACAUCGACGGUCCUGCGGAUACGCCGUACGCGGGCGGCGUGUUCCGCGUGCGGCUGGUGCUGGGCCGCGAGUUCCCGGCCGCGCCGCCGCGCGCCUUCUUCCUGACGCGCAUCUUCCACCCGAACGUGUCGCCCAGCACGGGCGAGGUGUGCGUCAACACGCUGAAGCGCGACUGGCGGCCGGAGCUGGGGCUGGAGCACGCGCUGCUGGCCGUCAAGUGCCUGCUGAUCGCGCCCAACGCGGAGUCGGCGCUCAACGCGGAGGCGGCGGCGCUGCUGCGCGACAAGUACGACGACUACUUCGCGCGCGCCAAGCUGCUCGCCGACAUCCACGCCCGCCCCGACGCGCACCACAAGCGAGAAGCUGCCGACGGGUCAGCGCUGGAGCCGGAGGCGCGGCCCGCCGCCGAGAGCGGCUCGAGCGGAGCGAGCGCGGGCGGCGCGGGGAGUGCGGGGGGUGCGGGGGGCGCGGGGGGCGCGGCGGAGAGCGGCCCGAGCGCCAAGCGCGAGCGACGCGCGCCCGCCAGGGACCGGCGGCGGAUACUGAAGCGCUUAUGAGCGACACCGCUCUCUUAGGAUUUAGAAUGUUUUGUCGAAUGUUAAACUUAAUCAUAAUGAAAAUAUGUUCAAUAAAUAAAUCGGUAUAUCAUA